AUGACGACUAAGACCAUCCACGGGAACUCGCAAUUCCAGAAGCCCUCUUCUCUACACUGGACGUGGGAAUCACCCUGUGGAGGAGAGAGAAAUCCCAGAACUAUCAUUAACUGGGAUCUCUUCGCUACGCUAGCCGGCUUUUGGGAAGAUUCCGCAAUGGACAACAUCGACGAGGAAUAUGACCGACUCGUUGAACGCCUUCACGACUGCGUGAAGAAGGCUGAGAGUUUUAAAACCACCAAGAGACGCUUGUCCCUUGAAACUCUUGAACUGAUACGCCAACGUGGAGCAGCACGAGCCGCAGGGAACCAAGAACUCACGUCCGAGCUCGCAAGGCGAUAA